AUGGCUGCUGAAUACUGCGGUGGAAUCAGCUUCGAGCGCUUGGAGGUUCGUACAGAGGACCUCUUGGACACGGGAGUUGAGGUUCCAAAAGGUGAAUCCUUGGCUGUGCUGGUGUUGGAUGUGCAUGUGGAUGGUGGAGAUUGGGGCGACGGCCGCCUGCCAGAGGAACUGGAGAAAAAGGAGGUUUGGUUGAGUCUGUUGUCCCGACUGGCUCCAGGAGGCCGCAUGGUGGUGAAUCUGGGAUCCACCACUCAAGGAGUGGAGGCCUUCAUGGGCGCCUUGCUGGGGGCCCGGGACGCUGCAGAUGAGCUGGAGGUGGAGGACGUUUCGGAGAUGAGGAAUGGGAAUUUGAUGUUGCUCUUUGGCCCAUUGCUAGUGGAGCGUUGGCAAGCGAUCUGCUCCGGGCGCCUGCAACG